ACGAAGGGAGAAAUCCGAACCUUCCGAUCAAAAUGGGGAAAGAUGCAGAUUACCAUGUACUACAAGGAAUACUGGAGUGUACAAUUAAUAGUUCCAAUAUUACUAACCGCAACAUUACGUCACGCGACAAAAAUAAAGAAGAAUGUUUUAAGAGGGUGAUACAUAAUGAGAGAUCUGAAGAACAGUAUGGAAGCAAAAAGAAAAAGGAGCAAGAAGGCUCUUUCAAGGAGGAACCACUUGAAAAACAACAAGAAAAAGAAGAAGACAUCAACGGUGUAUCCGAGCUUAAUAUUAUCACAAGUAAUGAUAGUCUUCCUCAUAAUAUCGAUCAUAAUCUGAAGGGCAACAACGCCGAUAGUGGCUUGAAACUUGUUAUCUACUACCGCUUGAAGCAAGGGAUACCAAGGAGCACAAAUUUCCAUUCCAUUGAUAACAUAAACAAGUGUACGAAUAGGAUCUCAUCACCUGAAGAAGAACAUAAUUGGAGUCACCCAAGUACUUUAGACAACCAUAAAUUUGAAGUACACAACAAAGGUAAAACAAGAAAGGAUCAAGUGGACACUUUCGAGGAGACACCACCUAACAAACAAAAGCAAAAAAUUGUUCAUGGUAUGUAAUUAAUUAAUUAAUUUGAACAUCUUACAAUUGACUUAUACUAUUAACAAUUCAAUUUUUCAUUUGAUUAUGCAUG